AUGAUGUUGCACACAGCUGAAAGUUUAAAUGGAGAGAUAAAAACUAGCAGGACUUACAGUCAGUGGCCAAGAACUAAGUUCAUCUCUGCUACGACCCUGCCCACUAUGCUCAGCAUCUUUCUGCUUGGUGCCAAUAAAAUCUGCUUUGAAGCUUGCCUUUUGCAGAUGUUCUCCAUACAUUCAUUUACCAUCAUGGAGUCAGGAGAUCUUCUAGCCAUGUCUGUGGAUCACCUAGUAUCCAUCUACAACCCAUUCCACUAUACCGCCAUCCUGACUCUUGAGGUCAUUGGUAAAAUAGGGUUGGCCAUCAUUUGCCGCUGUGUCUUGGCUGUUCUUCCCACCGUUUUCCUGCUCAAGCGCCUGCCCUUCUGCCAUUCCCACCUUCUUUCUCACUCUUAUUGCCUCCACCAGGAUAUGAUUCACCUGGUCUGUGCUGACAUCAGGAUCAACAGCUGGUAUGGAUUUGCUCUGGUCCUGCUCGUUAUUGUACUAGACCCUCUACUCAUUGUACUCUCCUAUGCACUUAUCCUGAAAAGUAUCUUGAACACAGCCACUUGGACCGAACGACUCCGGGCUCUCAACAACUGCCUGUCCCACAUGCUGGCCGUUCUGAUUCUCUAUGUCCCCAUGGUUGGUGUGUCUAUGACUCACCGCUUUGCCAAGCAUGCCUCUCCACUGGUCCAUGUUCUAAUGGCCAAUGUCUACCUGCUGGCACCUCCUGUGAUGAACCCCAUCAUUUACAGUGCAAAGACCAAGCAGAUCCGCCAGGGGAUCACUCGCCUCCUCUUGCAGAGGAAGGUGCACUGA